AUGGAAGGGCUCGCCUUAGAAGAUGUUGACCCAUUCAAAGGGUUGGAAUGUUCACUGCCAACAAGGGGGGGAUGUAGUUGGUGUCCUUGGAGUUGGAAGCAUCGUGCCAAUCAUCUGGAGAGUUGACUAACUUUUUCUCGUGAUCUGGGAAUCUCACAUAUGGUUGUUAUAGGGCCUUCAAUUUUUACAUAAGCAUGGAGAGUUGUCAAAGCUCAUGCCAAAGUGAGUCAAUAUCUUGAUGGGUGGAGGUAAUCUCUUACUAGGUGGAAUCAAACUCUUGUCAAGGGGAGUUAGUGAUGGUAGCAAGAUUCUAGCACAAGUCACUAAGGUCGACUUUAAGGGUAUUGAUAAGUCUUCAUUAUCAUGAGUUAAUAAUUAGUAAAUAAUAUAGUUUUAGCCUUAACUUAUGAUAAAUAGACUUAUAUUUCUAUUAAAGUGUGAAAAGUGAUUUUCAGUUGAUUCAUGUGAAUUUUUGGGUAAUUAUGUGAUUUUAUAAAAAAAUAUAUGAUUUUUACAAUCUUACUUUUGAGAUAAAUGAAGAAUAUAUAUAUAUAUAUAUAUAUAGCAAAAUGGGGGGGACCUACUGGCUAGCUGGGCUCACAAGCGGGUUGAAAGCACAGUCGAGGAGGAGCCGUGAGGAAGGGCUCGAGUGGCUAAGGACUAAUAGACACACAUGUGCACCACUCCCCUUCUACGUCACCAAUGGCCAAUCGGUUGUGGGGCAAGGAGUGGUCGUACACGCAUGAGAAAGAGAUUUGAUUGCAAAUGUAAUAUUACUAUAUAUUCGUCAGAAACUUUGGUGCACAAGCGAUGUGAGACUAAAUUCGCAUCACACCUUCCCCAGAAAGGGUAGGCAACCGACGCGGGUUCGAAUCCUCCUAGAGCCAAAACUCAUAUUUUUUAUCUGAUUAUUGUGUCUUUCCUACAUAUCGCUGGUGAAGGAUUAAGUCACUAGAAUCGCUGGAUCAUCGGCGAAAAUCUCGUCAACGCGAUUUGCAAAGUGAUAAGUCUUAACUAUCAUGAGUUAAUAAUUAGUAAAUAAUAUAGUUUUAGCCUUAACUCAUAAUAAAUAGACUUAUAUUUAUGUUAAAGUGUAAAAAGUAGUUUUUAGUUGAUUAACGUGAAUUUUUGGGUAAUUAUGUGAUUUUAUACGAAUUUAUAUAAUUUUUACAGUUUUACUUUUGAGAUAAAUGAAGAAAAAGAAAUAAAAAUAAAAAUAAGACAAAAUGGGGGGGGACCUAUUAGCCAGCCGGGCCCGCAAGCGGGUCAGAAGUGCAGUCGAGGAAUAGCCACGAGCAGGGGCUCGAGCAGCUUAGACCAAUAAGGGCACAUGUGCACAACCCCCCUUCCACGUCACCGGUGGUCAACUGACUAUGGGGCAAUGAGUGGUCGUACACGUGUGAGAAAGAAACUUGAUCAGAAAUGUAAUAUUACUAUAUAGUCACCAGAAAUUUCGAUGCACAACCGAUGUGGGACUAAACCCACGUCACACCCUCCUUAGAAAGGGCGGGCAACCGGUGCGACUUCGAAUCCUCCCAGAGCCAAAAUAUAUAUUUGUUAUCUGAUUAUUGCGACUUUCCUGCAGAUCGCCGGUGAAGGAUUAAGUAACUAGAAUCCUUGGAUCAUCGGCGAAAAUCUCGCCAAUGCGAUUCACGGAGUAUUGUUACUAAAAUUAUUGAACAAUUUGCGAUAAAAGGAUCGCGAAUCUAUCAAGUAAAGCAUCUCUGAUUGAUCGACGAACAAGCCGUCGUCGGGAAGAGGACGAUCCGUCGAGAGACGAGUCGCCACCUCUUGAAAAAGUACCAAAUGCGAUGAAGAGCCUCCUCUUACUGCGUGGACCUGAGGAUGAAGCUCCUUGACACGCGCCCCACCUCCAUCCAGCUCCUCUUUGUUAGGUGACAGCCACUGGAGAGCCACAAAAUCGUCAUUUUUCUGCUCCGCCGGGUGACAGCCGUUGGAGACGAUUCAACGACCCAUUUCAUUAAUCUCUAAACUUCGCAAGGAGAUCUAGAGAUUGCCUACACCAUCUUUGUUCAAGGAGAGCCUUUGAGGCUGUAGACACUACAUGAUGAUCCUCCCGAAUGCUCAGGAUUUCGGUGCAUCGCUGACGCAUCGCCGCCACGACGCCGGAACUCUGUUUUCCUGCUUUCAACUUAAUUUUCGUUUCAUUCAGUGAUAAUUUGUUGAUUUUAAAUUUACCAAGAUAUACUUCAUUUCAUUAUGAUUCUUUAGGCUUUUACAUAUCUUAAUUUGAUCAAUUAAAUCGUAUGUAAUCGCUUACGUAAGAAUCGCCGGGUGGAAUUCUAUUUUUGUCCAAUUCGCGUUCGUCAGAUGCUGACGUCAUCCUAACAUCCGGACCCUUAUUUCCCUUUUUCGUGAAUUUUAAAUAUAUUUUCUUUUCAUUUCCUAGUAUAAAAUUCAUGAAAAAUAGUAUUCUUUGAGGAAAAUUCUGAGUAAUUAUCAGAUAUUAUAUUACAUCCCUAUGAUAGACCUGAAAAAUUACCGCUAUUUUUAGAAGUUUUAUUGAAUUAUACUUGAUAUAUUUGUUCAAAAAUACUUCUAAAUAUCUAAAAAUUCGUAUUUUUUAGUUUUAUAAAUUUUAAAUUUACGUGAUUUGCUAUACAACGACUAAGUCACAUCACGGAGCAUUAUUACUAAAAUUGUUGAACGAUUUACAAUAAAAGGAUCGUGAAUUCAUCGAGUAA